AUUUUUUUAAAAAUGUUAUCCCGAAGUUAACGGAUUAAAAAAAACACCGUGUAUUAUGAAGGUUACUAAAGUCGUACCGAGACACAGCGCCCUUGUCAAGAUGACGUAGGUUAUUGGUAUAAUAUGUACACAAUAAUAGUACAUUACUAUAGAGGCCGGGAAACAAAGGUUUGCAGGCUAAGUAGAUAAAGACGGCCGAGCGUAGCGAGGCCAGAUAGGGAUACGCGGCCGGCAACCCCGUUACUCGCCGAGAUUUUUAUAACUAGUUAUUCCUUUUCUCAACCUUGCAAUGAUAUGUUGACAUGACUUAUUUCUAGGUCCGAAAAUACUACGUAUUCGGUGCCACACACAUGUACAUGAGUGAAAACGAUAUGUAAAGCAACCCUUCGUUUCCCGGCUUCUAUAGUAAUGUACUAAACUUAAAACCUCGUUGCGAUUCCACCAGAUAUGUUCGAAGAUGCGUAUCGAGGGAUGCGUUUGUUAAGAACCGUCACUCAGCAUGAAGUUCGCUACGCAUCCUCGCACAUCUCUGGUGGAAACGUCGCUAAACGUAGAAUAUUAUUAUUGGGUCAAUAGAAAAUCACUACACAGGCCAGAAAUGAUUAAUGCAAAAAUAGUAAACGUAUAUGCUACGGUGAUUUUAUUUACUUCAGUGUCUGGGGUAGAAUAUUCGAGAUUUGACGAAGGGUAUCCUACAGGAUUAUAUUCAGAAUGUCCAGGGUCAUCAAAACCAGUCAUCAUCAAGCCACAGACUCUAAAAAAGCUUUUCAUAUCAGUAUUAGGCGAAGGCCAUACAGGAUACACGGGACAUUACAACUACUAUGGCAUGAACCAGUUAGCGAAGAGUCCUGACAUAGACUUUAGAAAGAAGACUUGGAUGUACGUAGGUGGAUACUUCUCCACGAAUUCGUUGAACUCCGGUCGGAAUCUGGGCUAUGAUUACAAAGCUAGGGGAUACAACGCACUUUCUCUUGAUACGUUUCAAUUCACGACAACUUAUUAUCCUCAGGCCGCACGCAUCAUACGAGCUGUUAGUAAGCAUGCAGCGGAAAUGCUGGUGAAGUUGACACGCCUCGGUCUUGACCCUAAAAAACUCGAAAUCACAGGCAUGAGUCUCGGCGCGCAAACUAUGGGCUUCAUAGCCAAGAACUACCGGCAGAUGACCGGCCAAAAUAUAUCUUUGCUCACUGCAUUGGACGGAGCUGGACCAUGCUUUAGACAUCUUAGGCCUGAUGAAAGAUUGGAUAAAUCUGACGCAGAUUUCGUUGUGAGCGUUCUUACAACCAUGGACAUAUCAAGUAUAUCUGUUCCUUACGCUCAUGUAACUUUCUAUGUUAAUGGAGGAGCAUUUCAAGAAGGGGAUAUCGCUUGGCUACCCUGUGAUGCCUUGUGUAGUCAUGUAAGGGCAUAUUUCGUCUGGUGGGCAGCUGUGGUAUAUCCCAGUGCUUUUAUAGCUGUGCGUUGUGAUAACGUUCAGCAAGCUAGAGAUGGGGACUGUUACGAUUUGCAGCCAAUGGUGACGAACACAAUGGGCCUGCUUACUGACAAGAGCAAACCAGGGAUUUAUUAUCUGCGUACGACUAACAGGUGGCCUUAUGCUUUGGGAAGGCGAGGCUUGAAGAAAGCUUAAAACGCGAUAACGUAAAUCGUCAUAUAGUAACAACAGAGGCUUUGAAUGAUACAGACAGAGAAGUUUCAUGUUAUAACACAGGUAUACUCUUUUCCCGCCCACCAUACAAGAGAAAAAAUGCAAUGACAUGUCAAUAAAGAUUGUAAAAUUA